AUGUUGAUUCUAUUAUUGUUUUUCGCCCCCCUGCAAGUUUUCUCGGAGAAUGUUUUUCAUACAAUUUCAACUGGAAACACGGAAAUGAUGAUUGAAAUGAGAGCGUUUUUGGAUCAAAUGUGGCAGAUGAGUAAAUCAAACGAACUGCACGAUCUUUUUGUCACAGAUUUUCGAUUCCUUGACUGCGAUUUAAAAUACCAUGAUCGCUACACUUUUCUAGAAAGAUAUAUACGAUAUUCUAGCAUGCCAACAAUUAAAAGUGCAUUCAAAAAAGAUAUCAUUUCUAACCCACAUGUUGAUAGAGCUAUAAAAUAUGAAAGAACAUGGACACAUAAAUAUUUCGAUGUUGAAUUGACAAAUGGAAAACGAAUCGGUUUUGAUGUACGCUACAAUGCUGUCGAAAAAUUCUGGGGUGGAUAUAAAAUCGAUAGUGCGAUUGUCUACAAUUGCCCGAACACCAAACAACCUAAUGCGGUUUAUACAAAUAUCGCGCCACUUUUGAAAAUGCGUCAACAUUUUGAAUAUUUUUGGGAUGAUUUGAUCGAAGAUGGAUAUUCACUAAUGGAAUAUUUCGAUAAAAAUUUCCUUUUUGAAGGUUGCCCAAAUCUUCCAGAAUAUUGCAAAUCGUGUGGAUAUAUGAAAUUUUAUGAAUGUAUGAUAGAUUUUCCACGUCGUGACAACCGACCAACUGUUGUUGAUGCGAUUGAAGUUCAGGAAAACUAUGAAUGGCAAAUUGAAGUUUUGUUGAAAGAAAAAUACAAUGUUUAUUUUCAAGUGAAAAAAGUUGAUGGCGCGAUGAAGUUUUACAAAGCAAAAGAGUUUAAAUGUCCGGGAUAUUGA